AUGAAGCAAUUCAUCAAGCCUUCAUCAGAAGUGCAACAGCAAAGCGUGGUGGACCCAAAACCACAAAAAGACAAGCAGGUUUUAGAAGAAAACUCAGCUUCAGCAACUUCGGGAACAAAUGAAGUAUCAGCAUCUUCAGCAGAAGAAAAGGUCUCAUGGGCCGAUAUGGUUGAACAAGAAGCUCAAUCAACAAAUAUGGUAAAUCUCCCCUACAGAGAGAAAAAAUGGUAUGUUCUUUUUAACACACCUAGAAAAGGAAUCUACCAAGAUUGGUCACAGAUUACACCAAUGAUCAAUGGUGUAAGUGGAGCAAUCCACAAAAGCUUCGCAACCUUGGAAGGAGCCAAGAAGGCUUACGCAGAAUUUCAGCAGAUAGCUAAAAUCAAGGCACCAGCGAUACCGCCGGAACCAAUUAUUCCUACUCAACGGAAACUAGCAGUUGAUCGACAACAGCUUUAUGCUUCAAUCAAGAAGAAAGAAGAAAUGCCAAAAGCAUUCAAUUUCACAAAAGAAAGACGCAGUGAAGCAGUACAGGCCAUUUUCGAAUGGAAAGAAGGCGAGCAGCAGCUCAAGGGAUCAUAUCCAACCUACUUCAAGAGUCAGGUUAAAGUGAUAUUACUACCAGAAGUAAAUCUAGUUUUAGCCUAUUCAAUGUUUUUAUUGGGUAUGGUUAAACAAAUUAUUGUGUUUGAUUCUUUUAAACACUUGGAGAAUUUUCCUCCAAAAAUGGUAGAUUCUAUCAAAAGACUCUGGGAAGUCACUCGAAUAAGAACCUUAUGUAUCACUAUAAGGUCAUCUAUCCCUUUGUUCGCAGAGGAAGAUAUUAGGGUUCCAUCCCUAAGUGUCAUUACAGUUACUCACUUCAACGGAAGACUCGAUCCAAUAGAAGUUCCAAAAGAAUUGGAUUUCUCAGAAGAAGCAUUCUAUUCCUCAGUUAAAGAAGUCUUUGAAAAAUCUCAAAGUAUUAAUGAUUACUCCAGGUUCAGAAUCCUCUACAGGACGUCAUCAACAAUAAUGUUCGGAGUUAGCCUCAACGAACUAACACAGAAGCAUAUUGAUGGGCAACGAAGAAUCACAGGAAAAUAA